CCACUGCUGGCAGUGAUGGCUUCAGGAAAAGACACUUGUCCUACCUUACCUAAACUCACCAACAACUGCUCUCGUGAGAAUUCCUAUAAGCCUGCUAAUAAGUGUGAUGAGAUUCAUUUGCCACGGUUUUCAUUAAAGCAGGGGAUGAUCCCAAGACGUUAUGUUAUGCCUUGGAAAGAAAACAUGAAAUUCAGGAAUGUGAAUCUGAAGCUAGCAGAAGUGUGUGGAAUCUAUACUGGCCCUUUAGAAGACUCUCUGUUUUUGAAUCACAGCGAAAGGCUUUGCCAUGGGGAGGAUCAUAGAGUUGUCUUGCAGAAAGGACCACCAGAAAUAAAAAUUGCAGAUAUGCCUUUGCAUUCGCCUCUCUCCAGAUACCAAAGCACUGUGAUUUCCCAUGGCUUCAGGAGGCGACUAGUCUGAUGCAAGUAGAAUAAAGUAAUAAAGUGUUUCAAUCUC